AUGGCUCAUUCUUCACAAAAAGGACGUGUUUUAGCUGUUAUUGGUGAUGAAGAUACUGUUGUCGGCUUUUUACUUGGUGGUAUUGGUGAAUUAAAUAAAGCUAGAAAGACAAAUUAUUUUAUUGUCGAAAAGACCACUAGCCCAACUGAAAUUGAAGAAGCUUUCAAAGCUUUUGUUGAAAGAGAGGAUAUUGCUAUUAUUCUCAUUAAUCAACAUGUUGCUGAACUUAUUCGUUACGCAAUUGACCAUCACACUAAAAGUAUUCCAGCUGUUUUAGAAAUUCCAUCAAAGGAAAUGCCAUAUGAUCCAUCUAAGGAUAGUAUUCUUAACAGAGCACGUGGUCUUUUUAAUGUUGAUGAUUUUAAAUAA